AAUUGGAUAUAGUCAACAUAUGAAUAGUUGCAUUAAAACAGCUGAUGAGGAUGAUAGCCAAAUGCUGAAUCCUUAUAGUAAUAGACAAAGUUUUACAAAAGAUUUUAAACAAAUUCAAGAUUAUGAACCUAAACAAAAUGAUUUAAAUAAUAGUAUAGUUAAAAUAUAUAGUUCAGUAACUAUACAAAAUGGAUUAAUAAUUCAUGCAACAAAUGAUUAUUAUGGAAAAGCUUGCUAUAGCAAUGUAGCUGUUGCUAUGAAUUUUGAAGAAUUAUCCGAAUAUUUAUCAGAUCAAGGAAUUUGUUAUGGACAG